AGGCUCAGGGUAACAUUUGCGUGCGUCAUGCUACCAUCGUGUUCAUGAUGUCGCUGCCAGGGCUGUUCUCCGCAAGGCCAGCCCUCUGCUCAUGGACGCAAAUCUCUGGUGCACCAAAUGCACACAAUGGUGACCGUCGUCUGCCGCGGCUUCCGAGUGUCGGUGUCCGCUCUCGACCUCUUUCCGAGCCCAACGGCGUGGAGGGCACGGCUGGCUUCCCCCGGGUUUGCCGACUGGGUCUGGCGAGCCUCACGCAUGUCCAGGACACUGCUUACUCCGUACGGUCUAAGGAAAGAGAUCGGCGGCAAGGGAGGUCUGGAAGAAACGCCUGGUGUUUGUGGGCCACCGCGCGGACGGCUCUCUCCGUGCCGGAAGUUCCGACUUUCGCGCGGUCAAACCUGGCCCAGGAGCUGCCAGACACACUCUCCUUGGGCUUCGCAGAGCUUGGAUCAAACAGAUCCCUGCCGGUUUCCGGCCGCCGCGAUCUUUGCGAGUUGUACGUCUUGCCUGCCGAUACAGGGGAUAUUCCUUUGAUGUGCUGUUCAUUCUCGAGGUAAAGCAAACCCAUCCGGGCGAACGAGAAGCUCGAAUAAUCCGACCUGCGUUGCGACAUGCGGCGUGGCCUAUUCUCAGUACGAUAACCGACAGACUAUCUCAGGGACGUUCAUGGAAGCCCAGAUGCCUCUCCCCCGGACUUCAAUUUAAAGGAGGCCGUUUUGUACACAAGCCAGCGGGGCAUUGAUCGAGGCACGGCGCGUCGACUAUAAUUUAGCAUUGUUGAAGUUACAGA